AUGGAGAAACUGUCGAUGCACAUCUGUCUCGAAAGGGACAAUGGGCUAGAUGGGACCAUCAAGGCAGACCUCUCGACUCGGUACAGGCUAUCGUUCGAGGAUUGGCUGGACAGAGUCAAGUCUGCCGUCUUUGUGCCCAGGGAUCGUUCGAUCUUGGUUCACUAUCCGGUCUCACGUCAGCUUCAGACAGUUCAAGACGAGGACGACUAUUUGCUGCUCAAGACUCGCUUCCAACGACGGAAAAAGUAUCGAGCCAAGCUGGUACUCACCGUCGAGAUUUCGCAAGACGUGCCUACACGCGAGCAACACGAUCAUUACCAGGCCCAAGUAGCUUCGCUCGAUCCUCUUGACGACGGCUCAGCGUUCUUGUAUGCCACUACACGAUCGAGCGAAGAAGCCCGACUAGACGAGGUGCAAGCGGCAGACAUCUUCACGCGAACACAGAUGGCAGUUGAGCAAGAGGAACGAGAACGGCUAGAGGCAGCUGCCCGUGCUUCGAUCUGUGCUCCCAUGACCGGCUUUGAUCCCAAGAUGGUCGAAGAUCAGAUCAGACUCAUGCAUCCUCAGACUGCCAAUCUGUCCGACUCGAGCGAGAGAAGAGCGAAUUUCAGAGACUCCGCAGACUUAGGCGAGCAGCCAGAUUACGACGGAGACGAGAUCCCAUCCGAUAGUCAUGCUCUCGUUGUGUGCGAGCCACAGCCUCUGAACCUCCGCGAGCCAUCACCCAUCCCGACAAUAUUCCCCAGCAAAUCGCUCAUGUAUGACGGCACGCGUCGCUCGCGUUCCGUUCCGCUCGCAGCGCUGGUGCCUGCACGACUCGACAUCUGCGAUAAUCAGGACUGCUCACCUUCGGCGCCGCCCCCAGAAGAAGUGGCAAGCCUAUCUUACGAUUUGCAGUCUCCUGCACAGUACCUGCGCAGUCUGCCACUGCUUACACCCGCUGAGGAACGCUGGCAACGUCAGAAUGCGCUCAUCAGAGGGCCGCAGUGUUCGGCUACUGAACACCAAGGAGAGUCGGCCACUAGCGACGGCGUCAUUCGUAACGAUUUGCCCACGCUGUCUGGUACAUUCCUGACGAUGAAUGAAGCUAUCGAAGCGUGCGGAAGAUUUGCUCGUCAACAUGGCUAUACGCUCGUGACCCGUAGCUCCAAAGCCGACAAGUAUCUCUUCCUUGCAUGCUCUCGUCACGGCAAAUAUCGCAAUACCCAUCUGCUCAAUACCCUCGAGCGCCAACGUCAGACAAAGACCCGCAAGUCAGAAUGUCCUGUUGAAAUCAGAGGUAGAUUUGACGGCAGCCAGUGGAAUCUCACCGUCUUCAAUUCGGUCCACAAUCACGAGACGCUUCCGUUCUUGCCAGACGAUGCCCAGCCCAGGCGCAAGUAUACCCCACGCAAGAAUCUGAAGGUCAGGCCGGCUAAGAAGGUCAAGCUGGAUCCAUCGAUUGAUGACAAGCCCGAUGGGGGCUAUGCGCUCAACGGCGCUGCCAGCGUAGGCGACGCUACCAGGCAAGAUGCGGCGCCUCACUCGCAUGAAGCCUACUGA